AUGAUUCGUUAUACCAGAAUACCACGCCUAAAUUAUCUCGGGGCUGGAAGUUUGCUGCCCAGCGCGAGACAAUUGCAUACAACUAAGGUGUCUUCUGAUUUCUUUUCAUGGUUUAAGAGUAAGAAGAAUCAGGACCAGGAACCUACAGUUCCAACUAAAGGUACUCAGGAACUUAUCAGUGACAUUGAGGCCGGAAAAACAUCCAAGAUCUCUAAUAAACAAAAGCUGGAGCUAAUACCUGAAAACUUCAUUGGCGAAGAAGAGGGCGAACUGGCGGAGAAAGCUCGUGCAAAACAGAUUAAAGGAGUUCCAUUCAACAGAUGGUUAUCCGCGAAAAAGGUCGCAAAUGAAGCACAGCUCGAUGCUCUUCUAAUAGAAUCAUACAACAAUGCUUGGAAUGGAAGUAAAAUCACUUCGGCGACUGAUUCCAAGCUCGAGGGAACAUUCCCUGAUCUGGUGAUAAAGUUUAAUUUCACAAAAUCUUUACAGGCCAGUAGUGGGUAUUUGAUUCCUGACUAUCAAUUGACGAUUUUAAAUACUCCAGCUCAGUUCAAAAAUUAUAUUUGCAAAGAAAUUCUUUCCGGCAAGCAAGCAAGAUAUAAGGAGUCUGAACCAAAUGCAAUCCACCUUUCCUCGGCUCAGUUCACAUCUCCUAACAUCUACAUCGUUCCCGAUGUUAAACCCAAGGCACAAAAGAACACAUAUCGUAAGAUAAUAAGGGAAGUGAAUAUACUUGAGGCUGAAAGUGCAAGAAGAGCAAUCGAACAGGCAAGACAAAGUUGA